GAAAAAUUUGUUUUUAAUGUCGUCUUGUUGUGCCAAGGACCAGCACCAGCCAAAUCCAAUGCUAUUUCUAUAUGUAGUGUCUGAUUCAUCUUCACUUUCAUUCACUCACUGGCUCAUUAUAACUCCAAAAGUAGCAAUACAGAGGAAGAGGAAAGAAUGAUAAAGAAGGAGAAAUUCUUGAAGGAACAUCCAUAUUUGCUGGAAAAGGAGGUCUCUCGCUCUGAUUUUCCUCCUAAUUUUCUCUUUGGUGUUGCCACUUCUGCCUAUCAGAUUGAAGGUGGCUGCAGGGAAGGUGGUAGAGGUCCUAGUAUAUGGGAUGCUUUUUCACACACCAAAGGAACUAUUCUUGAUGGAAGCAAUGGUGAUGUGGCAGUGGAUCAUUAUCAUCGAUACAAGGAAGACAUUGAACUCAUCACUAAGUUGGGGUUUGAUGCUUAUCGAUUUUCCAUAUCAUGGUCUCGCAUUUUCCCUGAUGGUUUGGGAACCAAAGUCAAUGAAGAAGGGAUAGCAUUCUAUAACAAUAUCAUUAAUGCUCUUCUUGAAAAGGGUAUAGAGCCAUAUAUAACUCUGUACCAUUGGGAUCUCCCCUUGCAUCUUCAAGAGUCAAUGGGAGGGUGGUUGAAUAAGGAAAUUGUAAAAUACUUUGCAAUCUAUGCAGACACUUGCUUUGCAAGUUUUGGUGAUAGAGUUAAGAAAUGGAUUACUCUAAAUGAGCCUCUCCAAACAGCAGUAAAUGGAUUUGAUACUGGAAUAUUUGCUCCUGGAAAACAUGAACAGUCAGAUACAGAACCAUUUUUGGCUUCACACCACCAGAUCUUGGCCCAUGCAACAGCUGUUUCCAUAUACCGCAGCAUGUACAAAGACAAUCAAGGAGGAGAAGUAGGCUUGGUGGUGGACUGUGAAUGGGCUGAAGCUAAUUCAGAUAAAAUUGAAGAUAAAGCUGCUGCUGCAAAACGGCUUGAGUUUCAGCUUGGAUGGUAUUUGCAUCCUUUAUAUUAUGGAGACUAUCCUGAAGUUAUGCGUAAAAUACUGGGAGAUGGGCUCCCAAAAUUCUCAGAGGAAGAUAAGGAAUUACUUAGGAACUCACUUGACUUCAUUGGUCUAAAUCACUAUUCUUCAAGAUUCAUUAAGCAUGUUACAGAUAGCCCUGCAGAAUGCUAUUACUAUAAAGCCCAAGAAAUUGAGAUACUUGCUAAAUGGGAAGAUGGUGAGCCAAUCGGCGAGAGGGCAGCAUCAGAAUGGCUCUAUGUUUGUCCUUGGGGACUUCGGAAGGUUCUCAAUUACAUAGUCCAGAGAUACAAUAAUCCCAUAAUUUAUGUUACUGAGAAUGGUAUGGAUGAUGAAGACUCCAGUGCCCCUCUCCAUGAAAUGCUAGAUGACAAACUGAGAGUUCGCUAUUUUAAAGGAUACCUUGCUGCAGUUGCUCAGGCAAUCAAAGACGGAGCAGAUGUGAGGGGAUAUUUUGCAUGGUCAUUGUUGGACAAUUUUGAAUGGGCUCAAGGUUAUACCAAGCGUUUUGGUUUGAUCUAUGUGGAUUACAAGAAUGGACUUGCUCGCCACCCAAAGUCUUCUGCUUAUUGGUUCAUGAGGUUCUUGAAAGGUGAUGAAGGGAAAAAUGGCAAAGAGUGACCCACAUGUAUUGUAACAGGAAGCCCAGUUCUGAUUUUCAGUUUGUUUUCAUUAUAUUACCUGAUAAUUGGCCAAGUAUUGUACUUUUGGCAGAAGGGUUUUGUGCUUUUAUCUCUCCCCCUUUGUUAUAAUGAGACAAAUUCCGUA